GAAAAAUAUAUUCAGUUUGAUAGUGUCAAUAAGUUUUAAGGCCGCUUCAGCAUUUUUCUAUGUGGUUUUAUAUAUAAUCUUAGAAUUCGAUAAAGUGUUAGUAAUUGAUGAGGAAAAUAUAUAAAUGCUUUUAAUUUGUGUAAAGAGAUAAAAUAAAAAAAUAUUUGGUAGUAAGGAGGGGGCGAAGUUAUUCGCGACAACACCCUUCGCUUAUAGAAGUGUAUUUGAAAUAUCCAAAACCUUAAUAUCACACAAAGUAGAUAACUUGUAGCGCUGGAUUAAUAAAAAUAUGGAAUCAAUUGAUAUCUCACGCUUGGAGGAGGCAGUUGUAGUCUUUUACCGUUCAACUUCACAAGAGCAAGCCAUAACACAUGACUGGCUUACUAAAGCUCAAACAAGUCCACAAGCGUGGCAAUUUUCAUGGCAGCUAAUGGAACUUGGCAAGAGUCAAGAAGUUCAAUUCUUUGGGGCUGUUACAUUACAUUCUAAACUAAUGAAGUAUUGGCAUGAGGUACCUCGGGAAAAUCAUGAUGAACUAAAACAGAAAAUUUUGGAAAAAAUUAUACAGUUCGCUUGUGGUCCAAAACUAGUUCUUAAUCGAUUGUGUAUAGCUCUCAGCGCUUUUAUUGUGCAUAUGCUCGGAGAAUGGUCGACCGCAAUAGAGGAUGUCAUAAACACCUUUCAGAAUGAGCAAAUACCGAACGUCAACAAAGAAAUGCAAUUAUGGAUUAUGUUAGAGGUUCUUCAGGCUAUACCAGAAGAAAUGCAAGCAAUUUUCACGUCGGUAAAAAGAACAACAUUGCGAGCUGAGGUAGCAAAACGUGCUCCACUCGUGAUGGAGACAACAGAAGCUUAUUUGAAAAUGCAAUUAGAACGCGAAUGGGAUAGUGAAUGUUUUAGUAAUAUGACAAGAGCUGUUAAAUGUGUUGGUACUUGGGUAAAACAUAUUGGAUUUUCCAUUGAAAAUUGUCAGAACAUUACGGCAAUAUUGCUUAAAUUAACGAAUAAAUGCUACUGGCCUUGUAUUCAAGAAUCGGAUGGGGAUGGAUGUAUGUCUGCUGAUGAAAAUGAAUUAGCCGAGACGUGCCUAAAAACUUUACUUAGCAUAAUUAUUCAACCAGAUUCUCAUUCCUACCCUAAGACGGCAUUUAUACUAAUCCGAAUGUUUUUGGACUCGCUAUGCGAAAUCACAAAAAUGGAAUGGAAACGUGAUAACAAUAACGAGGAUAUAGUAGUUAAUAUUUACACACUCUUUGUAUCAUCCGUGGAAAGGCACUCACAACUUCUGUUGAGUGGAAUAACAACUACAGAUCCAGAUCUUUCUGAUCUCUAUGGUCGUCUUGUUAAUGAGAUUUUGCAAUGUACGGAUAAACCGGGAAUAUAUCCAGUGGAGGAGUCUUGUAGCAGCAUGGCUAUGGGGUUUUGGUAUUUGCUACAAGAUGAGGUUUUUGCUAUGCACAAUGAAGAGGAACGCAUAAAAUGUUGGGAAUAUAUAAAACCAUUGUAUGCACAUUUGACUCGCAUAUUAGUACAUAAAUCGGAACAACCAGAUGAAAAUUCUAUUGAGAAAUGGACAUCGGAUGAUUUGGAAAGUUUUCGUUGUUAUCGUCAAGACAUAUCAGAUACAUUUAUGUAUUGUUAUGAUGUUUUGCAUGAAUAUAUACUUGACAUACUGGCUGCAGUACUUGAUGAGACUAUUGCUGAGUUGCAAAAUAAUCCGACACAAUGGACCAAACUUGAGGCUUGCAUUUAUUCAUUCCAAUCGGUAGCAGAACAUUUCGCAGGUGAAGAACUAAAGCAGAUACCAAAACUGAUGCGUGUUCUCUCAGAAAUUCCCUACAAUAAAAUGAAUGAAAAGCUGCUCGGCACUGCUUUGGAGACAGUUGGCUCUUACUGCCAGUGGUUAAAAGAAAAUCCGACCUAUAUACCCCCCGCAAUUGAAUUGUUAGUGCGAGGACUAAAUUCCAAUAUGUCUGCUCAAGCUACUUUAGGCCUUAAAGAGCUCUGUUGUGAUUGCCAACUACAAAUGAAGCCAUACGCUGAACCACUUCUAAAUGCUUGCCAUACUUCGUUAAUUUCAGGCCAAAUGAAAAAUUCUGAUUGUGUGCGUUUAAUGUAUAGCAUUGGAAAACUAAUGAGUUUACUUCCAGCCUCUAAUAUACCCAACUAUUUAGAUAUUAUAGUAGGCCCGUGUUUCGAGGAAUUGCAGACCAUUUGUCAAAAUGAUUGCAAAACACCAGCAACACGAAUACGCACAAUUUUCCGACUGAAUAUGAUAUCAACCUUAUUUUCCUCGCUCAACACGGACUUGGAUGAAGAUGAUAAUAUCGAAGAUCUAGAAAAUAUUCAACCCGUUUUGAUUGUAAUGCAAAAAACAAUGCCAAUAUUUCGGCAAAUAGCUGAACUUUGGGUGGAAGAAAUAGAUGUGCUUGAGACGGCUUGUACUGCAUUGCAACAUGCAAUUGUUAAUCUCAAAUCUAGUUUUCGGCCUAUGUUGCAAGACCUCUGUUGCUUUAUUGUCGCUAUUUUCCAAACACGUUGCUGUGCACCAACAUUGGAAAUAUCCAAAACGGCUAUAAUAAUAUUUUAUAAGGACGAGGGAUGUAAAUCAUUGAUGCAACAACUUCUAGUUGAACUCGUGCUACACAGUUUCAAAUUAUUCGAAUCCACGCCGGAGAACGCUUUCUCGAAUAUCGCCGACACAAUUGAAGUGUUUUAUGCAUGCCUCAUGCAGAUCAUCAAAAAGUUGCCACAAGCCCUGGAUGACAAAGCGAUUGCUUUUGAUAGGUUAAUAUACUAUGCGUUGAAAGCAAUGACCUUACCAGAAAAUGGUCCUAUACGCACCGGUGUGCAGUUUUUGUCGCAUUUUAUUCUGCAGUCACGUAAUUAUCCGAGUAUGACGCAAGCAGUCCUUAAUGCUGGCGAGGAAAUUAUUCGCACUGCUGUGUUAUGUGUUGGUUGUAUUGCUCCUCGGCAGCAAGUGGAAAAAUUUGCCGAUAUUUUUAUGGCAACCAAUAAAAAAUAUCCAGCCGAAUUAGUUGCUUGGCUGAAGUCAGUUAUGUUGGUACCAAACUAUCCCACACAACUCGUCGACGAAGCUGAGAAAUCUAAAUUCGUUACGUUGAUUAUAAGAGAAAAGGUCAACAGACGCUUGUUGCAGAAACAUCUCAGUGAUUUUGCAGUAAAAUCCCGAGGCCUAACUGAUAAAUUUCAAUAGAAACACCAAAAAAAAAAAAAAAAUUAAAAAAAUAACAAUUAAAUAUAGGAGUGUAAUCCCUUAUUGCCAAACUAUGUUAAUAGAACAAUAAGUUCACUCACGGUCAAUGUUUGAUGUAGUGUUGACAUGCGAGUUUGUUCUGCGUCCCCGUAUUUUAAAUGGUAUUGGGUAGGUGUUGUGCGGAACACCGACUUAGAGUUGCGUUGCUUUGUUUAAUUUUAGAGUUACAAAAAUAUAUUUCAAAAUAACCACAACGAGUUUAUUUUGUUUAUGUUACAUAAAUACCAUAAAUUUUAUUGUGAAAUUUAUUACAAAACCACUAAAUAAAAAUUUGAGAAAUUGUAGUUUUA